AUGGCGUGCAGGCAGAGAGGAGGCUCUUGGAGUCCCUUGGGCUGGUUCAAUGCAGGCUGGAGCACCUACAGGUCGAUUUCUGUCUUCUUCACCCUUGCGACUUCAGUGAACUCCAUAGAUGUUUCUCAGUUGGUAAAUCCUGCCUUUCCAGGCACUGUCACUUGCGAUGAAAGGGGAAUAACAGUGGAGUUCCCAAGCAGUCCUGGCACCAAGAAAUGGCAUGCAUCUGUGGUGGAUCCUCUUGGUCUUGACAUGCUGAACUGCACUUACAUCCUGGACCCAGAAAAGCUCACCCUGAGGGCUACCUAUGAUAACUGUACCAGGAGAGUGCAUGGUGGACACCAGAUGACCAUCAGAGUCAUGAACGACAGUGCUGCUUUAAGACAUGGAGCUGUCACGUAUCAGUUCUUCUGUCCAGGAAUGCAAGUAGAAGAGACCCAGGGGCUUUCAGCAUCUACAAUCUGCCGGAAGGAUUUCAUGUCCUUUUCCUUGCCACGGGUCUUCUCUGGCUUGGCUGACGACAGUAAGGGGACCAAAGUUCAGAUGGGAUGGAGCAUUGAGGUUGGCGACGGUGCGAGAGCCAAAACUCUGACCCUGCCAGAGGCCAUGAAGGAAGGCUUCAGCCUCUUGAUUGACAACCACAGGAUGACCUUUCACGUGCCAUUCAAUGCCACUGGAGUGACUCACUAUGUGCAAGGUAACAGUCAUCUCUACAUGGUGUCUCUGAAGCUUACAUUUAUAUCUCCUGGACAGAAGGUAAUCUUCUCCUCACAAGCUAUUUGUGCACCAGAUCCUGUGACCUGCAAUGCCACACACAUGACUCUCACAAUACCAGAGUUUCCUGGGAAGCUUAAGUCUGUGAGCUUUGAAAACCAGAACAUUGAUGUGAGCCAGCUGCAUGACAAUGGAAUUGAUCUAGAAGCAACAAAUGGCAUGAAAUUGCAUUUCAGCAAAACUCUGCUCAAAACAAAAUUAUCUGAAAAAUGCCUACUCCAUCAGUUCUACUUAGCUUCACUCAAGCUGACCUUUCUCCUUCAGCCGGAGACAGUAUCCAUGGUGAUCUAUCCUGAGUGUCUCUGUGAGUCACCAGUUUCUAUAGUUACAGGGCAGCUGUGUACCCAGGAUGGGUUUAUGGACGUCGAGGUCUACAGCUACCAAACACAACCAGCUCUUGACCUGGGUACUCUGAGGGUGGGAAACUCAUCCUGCCAGCCUGUCUUUGAGGCUCAGUCUCAGGGGCUGGUACGGUUCCACAUACCCCUGAAUGGAUGUGGAACAAGAUAUAAGUUCGAAGAUGAUAAAGUCAUCUAUGAAAAUGAAAUACAUGCUCUCUGGACAGAUCUUCCUCCAAGCAAAAUAUCUAGAGACAGUGAGUUCAGAAUGACAGUGAAGUGUUCUUAUAGCAGGAAUGACAUGCUACUAAACAUCAACGUUGAAAGCCUUACUCCUCCAGUGGCCUCAGUGAAGUUGGGUCCAUUUACUUUGAUCCUGCAAAGCUACCCAGAUAAUUCCUACCAACAACCUUAUGGGGAAAACGAGUACCCUCUAGUGAGAUUCCUCCGCCAACCAAUUUACAUGGAAGUGAGAGUCCUAAACAGGGAUGACCCUAACAUCAAGCUGGUCUUAGAUGACUGCUGGGCGACGUCCACCAUGGAUCCAGACUCUUUCCCCCAGUGGAACAUUGUUGUGGAUGGCUGUGCAUAUGACCUGGACAACUACGAGACCACCUUCCAUCCAGUCGGCUCCUCUGUGACCCAUCCUGAUCACUAUCAGAGGUUUGACAUGAAGGCUUUUGCCUUUGUAUCAGAAGCCCAUGUGCUCUCUAGCCUGGUCUACUUCCACUGCAGUGCUUUAAUCUGCAAUCGACUCUCCCCUGACUCCCCACUGUGUUCUGUGACCUGCCCUGUAUCAUCUAGGCACAGGCGGGCCACAGGGGCCACUAAAGCAGAGAAAAUGACAGUCAGCCUCCCAGGACCCAUUCUCCUUUUGUCAGAUGACUCCUCAUUCAGAGGUGUCGGCUCAUCUGAUCUAAAAGCAAGUGGGAGCAGUGGGGAGAAGAGUAGGAGUGAAACAGAGGAGGAGGUUGGCUCACAGGGUGCUAUGGACACCAAAGGGCACAAGACUGCUGGAGAUGUUGGUUUCAAAGCUGUUGCUGCUGUGGCUGCCUUUGCAGGUGUGGUGGCAACUCUAGGCUUCAUCUACUACCUGUACAAGAAAAGGACUGUGUCAAAUCACUAA